CAAUCUGGGAGCUCGACGGCGUCUCCAGUCUCAUAUCUCGGUGCGACGGCGCCUCUCUGUGCGACAAACUUCUCUCUCGCUCCUGCCGCGUUUAGUUUUCUAGCGGCGGCGAUCUGAUCUGACGGUGGCGGCGCGAUCUGAAAUGGCGCGGCUUCGCGGCGGCUCCUCAACGUGGCGACGGCGGAUCUCCUCUGCGUGCAGCUACUUCGACGGCAGCGGUGGUUUGCUCACCCUCUCUCGACAGCGGAAAUCUGCGGUGAACUCAGCGAGCGGCGGCGGCGGUAAUCCCUGCCUGCUGCGAGAUCUCACCCCCUCCGAAGAAGAACAGGGUCAACAGUCCAGUGGGCAAAACCGAGACCCUUCUGAAGGCUUCCAUUUGAAGAAAGUUGAGGUGGGGGAUGUGGUCAGAAUACCGGCAGAAGGGGUUUCAAAUCUUGAAGAGGAGUGGGGGUUCUGCCUUGUGGGCUGUUUCACAGGCCGGUUUCCGGGCAUCAAAGCCAUAGAGGGGUUGAUCUCCUCAUGGCAUUUAGAGUGCAAGCUCCAUCCUCACGAAAAAGGCUGGGUGAUCUUCCAGUUUUUGAGUGAUGAAGACCGUAGAAAAGUUCUCCAUAAUGGGCCGUACGUCCUCUAUGGUAAGACCCUUUUACUGCGCAUUCUUCCGGAAGGGUUUCGCUUUGAUUUUGAUGCAUUUAUGACGGUCGAUGUGUGGGUUAAAUAUGUUGAUGUGCCUUUGCAAUUGUGGAAUCCUGUUGCCUUCGAGUGCUUGGGGUCUAGAGUGGGAACCCCCAUACGCACCGACGGAGGAACGAAAAAUAAGGGAAGGUUGAGCUAUUGUAGAAUGUUGAUUCGGGUUGACAUGUCUAAGGAGCUCCCUACGUCCUUUGUGGUUUCUCUCCCUGAUGGAGAAGAAUUUACUCAAAAGGUUGUAGUGGGAACCCCCAUACGCACCGACGGAGGAACGAAAAAUAAGGGAAGGUUGAGCUAUUGUAGAAUGUUGAUUCGGGUUGACAUGUCUAAGGAGCUCCCUACGUCCUUUGUGGUUUCUCUCCCUGAUGGAGAAGAAUUUACUCAAAAGGUUGUGUACGAAGGCCUUCCAAACUAUUGCUUUCAUUGUAAAAAGUUUGGCCACAACCAAUUGAGUUGUAGGGUUAUCCGAGCCCUAAACCACAGAAAAUCCGGGAAUUAUUUUGACAAGCGUGAUGGAAACAACUUGGGGAAGGAUGACUCGGUAAGGAAAGGGGCUGUUACUCCUGGAGUUCCUGCCACUGCCAAGCCGAGAAGAAGAAGGAGAAGAUCCAAGCGAAAGGCGGGAAGCGGACCUAAGGCCUUGGGCAGUCAUGCCACGUCCACUCCUACUACGCUUCCUUCCUCAAAUGACAAGAAGAUGACGGUCAGGACUGUGGGAAAUGGUGCUGAACCAACUGCCCAACCCGUGACCCAUGUAGAGGAUGGUGAGGCUUGCUCUUCCACCACCAUUCCGAAGGUUUCUCCUGACCCUAGUGUGGUAUCAAAGUCCACGGCCAAGGCUGCCAGUAAGGUGGAAAAAGUGGAUGCUAAAGCUAUGGGAGACGAAGCUCCAGCUUCAAACCAAAAACUGCAGCAACCCAAGGAAAAGAAGAGCUUGAAUGGAAAACAGCCCGGCACUGUGGGCGACGAUGACCAGCUCAUUGGCACCUCCUCCACCCCUACGCAUGUUGAGCAAGCUGCCCAAGCAAACUCCAAGGUAGGGGCGUCCAACACAGAGAAGGGAAACAAGCCAACUGGAGCGGCCAAGAAGGUAGACGAGACCACCACAGAGAACCCACCAAAAAAGACACCGUGGCGAGUCAAGCUGGACAAGCAAAGGGAAGAAUGGCUCGAUCGACUACUCAGCCAAGCUAUGGAUAGAGUGGACAGAUCAGACCUUGGACUACCUAAGCUUGCGCCGCCGAACUUCGAGAGCUCAUUGCAAGCAACCCUCCUUGUUUGAGGGACGCCUAUGGAGCUCUGGUGGAUGUAAAAGAGUACGUGUACUGGGAAAGAUUGAUGAAAGCAUGUGGACAAAUCAAAUAGUCUAGGCUUU